CUUCAUGACUACUGUCCACACAGAGCUCUUUGUUUAUUCCUGCCGGUGGAGACGCAGCUUCACUCUGCUGACCAAAUUUCUCUUUGCCCCCAUCAAACACUGAGACUGAGCUCAACAAUGAAGCUCCUGCUCAGUUUGGUGGUUCUGGUGGUGACACUGGGCGUCCUCAAUUCUGCUCCUGAGGACCAACCCAAAGACAUCUCAGAGGACACCUUGGAACGGUUGUCCGUGGAUGGUGAGAAACUCGUGGAUGAGGAGGUGAGGAGAGCUCUGUAUGGGGUGAAGGAGAUGAGGGAGGUGAUGUGGAGGAACGAGCAGAAACACGAGCACCUCAUGAAGUCUCUGAGACACAGCAGUGACAAGAAGAGGGGGGCAGCCCAGCUGGCUAAGGAGGUGACAGAGAAGCUGGAGGAGGCAGAGGAGCAGUGUAAAGACUCCCUGCAGUCUGAGUGGGAGGCGUGCAGACCCUGCCUGGAGGAUGCGUGUAAAACUUUCUACACCUCCACCUGCCGCAGGGGAUUUGCAACUUUCCAUGCCAAGGUGGAGAAUUUCUUCCGCCGAGUGUCCAGGCGUUUUGGCCCCCGUGAACCUCGCAUGGACACGGGGGACAUCCUGGUGAACCAGGCCCCCGAAAACACAGAUACAGAGGUGGUCGGCAUCGAGGACUCCUUCAACCGCCUGAUCACCAAGGUGGGCACAGUGGUGAACCGCAGCGUCGCCCUGGUGUCCAGGAUGAGCAGCAGGCUCGACAAAGUCCUCCAGAGAGCCUUCCUGAACGACACCAACGUCAUGAUGGAGGAGAGCACCUCUGAUCCCUACUACCCAGGACGGGACUCUGGCUUCCUGCAGGGCGUGGGCCUGGAGGAUGUGCUGGACUCCUUCUUUGACUUUGGCAAGAGUGUGGUGGAGGAAUUUGGAGCCGUGGUGACCCAGGUGUUUGAUGACCUCCAUGCGGCAGUGGAGGAAGAGAAGAAGAGAGGGAGGGAAAGUUUCCCCCGUUUCCUGCAGAACCGCAAGUUGUGCAGAGACCUUCGCAAACAGACCUCAGAGUGCUGGCAGCUGCAGAGCCAGUGUGAGGUCUGCCAGGGAGCCCUGCUCACAGAGUGCCCCAGUGUUCGUGAGCUGCACGUGGAGCUGGAUGAGGUCUCCCAGCUGAUGGACGUGUCCAAAGAGCAGUACGACGAGAUCCUGUCCAUUGUCCAGCGGCACACUGAUGAAACAGUGAGCUGGCUCAGUAACAUGGCUGCUGAAUUCAGCUGGGUGGCUCAGGCUGUGAGCAACAGCAGCGCUCCUGAAAAUAUCUUCCGCGUCACCAUGGUGGCACCAAAGAGCCACGAUGAACAGAACGUGUCCGUCACUGACACCAAGGUGGAGGUGAACAUCCUGAACUCUCCCCCACUCACCCUCUCUGUUCCCGGGGAGCUGGCCCUGCAGGACCCUGCCUUUAUCCAGUAUGUGGCCCAGGAGGCUCUGGACAAGUACAAGGAGAUGAUCAGGUAA